CAGAUCUGUGAUAAAGAGUGGCAUUACUACGUCAUCAAUGUGGAGUUUCCAUCAGUAACCCUCUUCGUAGACGGAGUGACAUACGAACCAUACCUGGUGACAGACGACUGGCCCAUCCACCCUUCAGAGAUCGAUGUACAGCUGACCGUCGGCGCCUGCUGGCAAGGAGGAGAAGUGACCACUCCAAGGUUUACACAGUAUUUCCGGGGAAGCCUCUCGGGGUUGACUAUCCGACCAGGGAAAAUCGCCACUCAGAAGGUGAUCUCAUGCCUACAGGCGUGCAAGGAAGGUCUCGACAUCAGCUCUCUUGAGAGUUUGGGCAAAGGCAUAAAGUUCCACUUCAACCCGGCUCAGUCGGUGUUGGUCAUGGAGGCGGAUGACUUGGAGAGCAUCAACACAGCCAUGACAAAAGUUUCCUACAUCAACUCUCGACAGUUUCCAACUCCCGGGCUGCGCAAACUUCACAUUACCACAACAGUCCAGUGUUUCGGUGAAGACACUUGCAUCUCCAUUCCAGAGAUCAAGGCGAUGGUGAUGGUUCUUCCGCCAAGUGAGCCUCGGAUCACCAUUGCUGGCGUGGAGCGUCUGGUUUGGCCAUCGGCUCAGCUUCGAGCCCCAGUCGGAGUGGCUCUUUUCAAGGACAUCCACAUCAUUAGUACCGUCACCAAGACUGACGCCACCCUCAGCAUAGCCCGGAGGCCUGGUGUCCUGGAGCUGAUGCAUAACCUGGAUUAUUGCGAUGUGCUGGUGAUCGGUGAAGAGCUGGACCCGGAGCGGGAGAGUCUGGAGAUCCACCACAGCUCUCUCCUGGGCAAACAUCUGGACGCCACCAACUCUACCUCUGGCAUCUCCAUCUAUGGUGUGGACUCCAUGGCACAUUAUGAACAGGCCAUCAGGCAGGUGAGGUACCGUAACUGGAAGCCCGGCGGUCUGUCGGAGAGAAGGUUCCGGCUCAGUUGCUCUGAACUGAAUGGACGCUACACAAGCAAUGAGUUCAACUUGGAGAUUGGAGUAGUUCACAGCUCAGAGGCCGUUGAGCAUGUCAAUCACAUGGCGGUCCAAUCCCAGUUCAUGAGACCUGUGCAUCAUCCAAUGGUGGUUCACACUGUCAACUCCGAUCACAUCUCAGGUACCCCUCCUGCAGCAACAGUGGUAAUUGUAAUGUGCAUAGCUGCCCUGGUGGUCAUUGUGGUCUUGGGCAUCUACCGUAUCCACACCACCCAUCAAGACAGCUCAAAAGAGGAUGAAGAGGAAAGAAAAGACCCGGAGAUGGACUGGGACAACUCCAAUCUUAACAUCACUAGCAUUGAAGGAACUCAGAUUGCAGAGGAGGUGAGAGAGGAAGAGCCAGAGGAAGAUGAGGAUGAAGACGAAGAAGAUGAUGAUUUGGCAGGAGAUCUCUCUAGCGCUGAAUCUGAGGACAGUGAUGAAGAUGAAGAGACUAACAUUCAGAAGGGAAAAGUCAAAGGAAAGCUGGAGUGGGACCCGUCUACGUUACCCUAUUAA